CCCAUUCCUCAAUUCUUGGGAUGGCCCACCAAAACCAUUACCUACAAAGCGCUCUCUUUCCACGGACCUACGAAACCACGACGACGACUACGAGUUCCAGACUCGCUUUUUCCGAGUCACCCCACUCUCUCUCUCUCUCUCUCUCUCUCUCUCUCCCUCCCACGCACACUCUUCCUCCUCCGCCACCGGCGAUCUCAGAAGCGAUCAUCAGGUACUUUCUCUCUCUACCACACUCUUCUCUCUCUCUAAAAAACCAUUUACGGAUUCAAUAGUCCACGACCCUGAUCAGUGAAUUCGGAUCUCCAUCAUCGCCCCAUGGCAAGAGCUGUCAUACUCUUCCUAGGGUUUUUCCUCUUUCAUUCGAUUCAAUUCUGUUCUUCAGAUCCGACUUGUCCCAAGUCCAACACCACUUCUUUGCUCAAUUUCCAAUCUGAAUUCAUAAUGCUUCAACACCAACUCAGAGGCCACUUUGAGUUGAUUGAUGAUUGUUCUUUUAGGGUUUCUCAAUUUGAUAUGCUUCAAGGCUCUGAUGUGCACUUUUGGGGUGCGAUCGGUGAUGAUUUCUCUAAUUUAACUACUGGGUUUGUCAUAUCUGAUAUGAAACUUAACCAAACUUAUAGAAAUGAUAGCUUUGUUGUCAAUUUGAUGAAGAAUGUGAGUUGGGUUAAUGUCACAGUCGUUGCCGUUUGGGACGUACCCACGGCAUCGGACUUUGGACAUGUUGUAUUGAAAAAUUUGAGAAAUGGGUCGGAGAAUUCUGCCCCGUCGCCUUUGCCUUCACCUUCACCGGGUGUUGGCGGAGACAAUUCGAGUGUUUGGGUUGAUGAGCAGCCCACAAUGUUUGAGAAUUGUAAGACUUUGUUACCAAAUUAUAGGAUUAGGUGGACAUUGAAGGUGGAUGAGGGAGUAAUUGAUAUUGGCUUGGAGGCUGCUACUGGGUAUCAGGAUUACAUGGCCUUUGGAUGGGCAGUACCCAAUUCAUCACCCAAGUUUAUGCUCGGUGCUGAUGUGACGGUGACUGGGUUUAAGGAGGAUGGUAUGCCAUUUGCUGAUGAUUUUUACAUUACCAAGUAUAGUGAAUGCACUAGAGAUGAGAAUGGCAAAGUUCAGGGUGUGUGUCCCGACACGUUGUAUGAAGGGGGGUCAGAUAGUGCUGAUUCGGUAAACAACACGAGGUUGGUUUAUGGGCAUAGGAAAGAUGGGGUGUCAUUUAUCCGGUAUCAGAGGCCAUUGAAGUCGGAUGCUGAUAAGAAGUAUGAUUUGUCGGUUAAUCAUGUGGAUAACAUGAUUGUGAUUUGGGCUAUGGGUUUGAUAAAGCUGCCUGAUAGUAUCUUUCCUUAUUAUCUUCCCAAAAAUCAUGGUGGGACUUAUGGGCAUUUGAUGCUUAAUGUUUCUGAGCACGUGAAUGAUUGCUUGGGACCACUGGAUGCCGAAGAUAAGGAGGAUCAAGAUCUCGUCACUGCAGAUGGAAAUGCACCACUCGUUGUUACCACAGGCCCUGCUUUACAUUAUCCGAAUCCCCCAAAUCCUUUGAAAGUUAUUUACAUUAAUAAGAAAGAGGCUCCUGUUUUGAGGGUAGAAAGGGGGGUUCGUGUGAAGUUCUCAAUACAAGCUGGUCAUGAUGUAGCAUUUUAUGUUACUUCUGAUCCGCUUGGUGGGAAUGCAACUCUAAGAAAUAUGUCUGAAACUGUUUAUGCAGGGGGGCCAAAAGCUGAAGGAGUCCAAGCUAGUCCUACAGAAUUAGUUUGGGCACCAGACCGAAACACCCCAGAUCAAGUUUACUAUCAGUCAGUGUUUACACAGAAAAUGGGUUGGAAAGUUCAAGUGGUUGAUGGGGGUUUGUCAGAUAUGUAUAACAACAGUGUUGUUUUAGAUGAUCAGCAAGUUACUUUAUUUUGGACACUGUCAAAAAAUUCAAUAUCUUUUGCAGCUCGGGGUGAGAAAAAAAGUCGUUAUCUUGCAAUAGCGUUUGGUAGUGGGAUGAUAAAUAGCUUUGCUUAUGUGGGUUGGGUUGAUGAUGAAGGCAAAGGGGGGGUUAAUACCUAUUGGAUUGAUGGAAAGGAUGCCUCAAAAAUACAUCCAACAAAUGAGAACUUGACAUAUGUAAGAUGUAAGUCAGAAAAUGGCAUGAUCACUUUGGAGUUCACCCGUCCCUUGAAUCCAUCAUGCACUGGGAGUGACAGGCCAGAGUGUAAGAAUAUUAUUGAUCCUACAACCCCUCUGAAAAUGGUCUGGGCCAUGGGUUCUCAAUGGUCUGGAGACAAUUUAAAUGAGAGAAAUAUGCAUUUUGUAACUAGCAGUAGGCCAGUUCGGGUCCUUCUUAUGCGUGGUUCUGCAGAGGCAGAGGAGGAUUUACGCCCUGUAUUGGCUGUACAUGGAUUCAUGAUGUUUCUUGCUUGGGGAAUUUUGCUUCCAGGUGGAAUAUUGGCAGCUAGGUACUUAAAACAUGUUAAGGGUGACGGAUGGUUCCAGCUUCAUGUUUACUUGCAAUAUUCUGGAUUAGCAAUUGUCAUGCUUGGCUUUCUUUUUGCUGUUGCUGAGCUUCAGGGUCUACAUUUCGACUCAGUACAUGUUAAGUUUGGAAUGGCUGCUAUUUGUUUGGCUUGUAUACAACCAGUGAAUGCAUACAUGAGACCUAAAAGGACAGCUCAUGGGGAGCAGGCUUCCUCAAAAAGGCUUAUUUGGGAGUAUAUUCAUGUUAUUGUUGGCAGAUGUGCCAUUGUUGUUGGGAUCGCAGCUCUUAUUAGUGGAAUGAAGCAUUUAGGUGAUAGAUAUCGUGGCGAAAAUGUUCAUGGGCUCGAAUGGGCUUUGAUAGCUUGGUUCUUGAUUGGUGCUUUGACAGUAAUGUAUUUGGAAUAUCGGGAAAAAAAGCAUAGGAGGGAUAGAACUGCUGGAAGCAGCAAUUGGGUGUUGGGUAAUAGUGAGGAUGAGGAUAUUGAUCUCUUGAGCCCAAGUAGGGCAUUUGCAGAAAAAGAAUCAUCUCAAUCUGAAAGAAUGGAAAUUCAGCUAGAACCUCUUAGCAGAUAAGGGAUCUUUUGUUCAAUUAUUUUUUUUUAAUAUAGAUUUGCUACUGUUCUUCAACAGUUUUGAAUUUUUUACUUACACAGAAGAUAGCAUAAGCUUGUUUAUUUGCUUGUAAGGUUCUUGCCUUCUUGGAUGUUACUGUUAGGGUUGAGUUUCACUUGCCAAUCAUUCUUAUAUUUCCCUCCAGCAUUCAUCCUGGAGAUCAAAUAUCCUCUGACAUGUAUUUUGUAUACUGGAUACAUUUAUUUGCAAAAUUAGAAACUCUCUCUCUCUCUCUAUCUC